AUGUUUUCAGGAAGUAAAAAUGUAGAGCAGUUUUAUUCAGCUCUGAACGCAAUACCUCCGAUGAAAGAGGGUUCGCUGUACUUCUCGUCCAUCGGACGCAAAAUUCAUUCUCCUUGGAAGUCGACGGGGUGACAUUUUCAGUGAAUUAAUUCCUUGCCGUCCCGCGUUGACGAAAGUACAAGGGGAAAGAAGCGCGAGUUCGAACAAAUUGUUUUUAAUGUAAAAUGUAAACAAGGAUUCACCCACGUUCAAAAAUGAAACAGAAGUAGCUCUUAAGCAUAGCAAUUCAUGUUUUUUUUAUCUUUUAGUUUUUAUUUUCGUUUUGUUUUUCUCUUUUUUUCUAGCUCUUCAAGCUCGUUCAUAUAUGAUCAAACACAACCCCAGGACUCACCAAUGCUGCAUGUGGCCUUAGACAACCAGCCAUCCACAAGCAGGGAUGUGGCACCGGUCAUUGUUGCACCGUUUUUCCCAUCUGGCCUGGCAGUAUCGUUGGAAGAAAGAAUGCAGUUCAACUUCAAUCUGUUCCUGUAUGACAGCUUGCGUUUGCCCGAAGGGCUUUUUCCUGACGACCAAACUGGAGAAGUGGUAUUUGAAGACCUUCAGGCAUGUAGAAAUUAUUAUUCACGCUACGUACAGAGUAGAGAGGAAUGGUGUAGCUGACAGCUGCAGGAGUCAGACCACUCACAAGAAAAAAGAAAUGAACUGUCCAAGGAGGAUAUGUUUCUAA